UUCAAGUACCCCAGCAGAGAUAGGGUUAACAGGCAGAAAGGGUAUUGACACAGGCAGGGGUGUAAUGAUGCGGGUAUUUAUCUUGCCUGGCAACAGUGUACCAUGACAUAGCCUAUUGUGAGAUGAUACCCAACCACUGCACUGUUAAAUACUUGAGAUGAACCUAUAUUUUAGAAUAAAUAAAUAAAUGAAUAAUUAAAUAAAAGAUCAUCCAUCAUUCCGUAGAAAUCAGGGCCAAGACCCCUUCAGAAAUAACCCCCAAAGGAUGGAAAUUAAUGAAAUAUUCAAUUAAUGACACAAGUCUACUAGUGUGAAUUGUAACAUCAGGGUCUAGGCCAGUGACCAAAGACACCUCCCCACUGCUCACAAGUCGCUUGGACUAGUCAAUUUUGGUACUAUGGCAUGUUCAAAUAUAUUUCAGAAAUUGUUUAAUUGAAAUAGAAGUGAUCUUCCAUUCUUCCCCAUCCCAAAAUAUAGAACUAAUAAUAAAAAUAUGGGAUAAAAAAACUAUCCCAACUGUUCUCCUUAAUUGAGUACAAAAAAUGUGCUAAAUAUCGGCAAAAUGUUCAAUAAUUUUUUUAAAACAAAGAAGAAAGAAGUUUGCACAUUUUGCAAAAUAAACAAAGAUAGUCAUUUUCCAAUGCUUUUUUAAAAUAGGAAAUAUUUUCUCUGUUAUGAAUUAUAGGCUUGGAUUUAAAACUAAAAUAUCAAUUAAAAACAAUUAUUUUUACAAAUUUUACCAAAGAAAAACAAAAAAUGAGAAUUUUGUUCUACCCUGUUUAAUGUUGAAUGUUUGCCUUCUUUAUUAUUUUAGUGUAAAACCAUGGUUACCAGUGUUAAGCUAGAAAUUUGGUAAACAGUAUUCUUAGUGUAUCCUUCUAACACAAUUACAACCAUACAAUUAAAAUGAAAUCAUUUCAACAAACAAGGGCAAUGAGAAAAUUUGGAUUUAUUCCAGUUAGUGAAGAUGAAAAUGGCUGUAUCAGGAUCAAUCUUUUUGAGCCAGUUUUUCUGGUGCUACUAGUUGUCCGUUGCAUGUUUAUUGGAGCUUAUCUAUAUUUUGUUUCAAUUUAUGCACUACAGCAGGAGAUGUUCAUUCUUAACACUGUAUUGCUUAGCAUAAACGUACUUGCAUCCUGUGGAACAUUUUUUUAUAGUUCUCUGUUAAUAGCAUUAGCGGCUGAACGACUCGGAAACAAUACAUUCACUGGAAAAAGUCAUAUUACUCUCAAGACCUUCAUUGCAAUCAUUACUCCCCAACUGUUAUACGCAGCUGGAUGUGUGCUGAACCAACUUCCACUGUUUACUCUGGAUAUUUCUUGGGUUUCAAAAUGUGUUCUUAGCAUUACAUUAAUCUUUGUUAAUAGUCUUGCGCUCAUAGAUAUAUUUUUGUUAGUAUCCACUUGUUAUUUAUGGGUAUUGGAUUUCAAGAUGAAAAUUGCAGAGUUAUUGAAUCAAGAUAAAGCAACAAUCCAGAUUAACAACUUUGAGAAGAUAAACAAUGACUAUUUAAGUCUCAAGCAUGCACUUGAGCCAGCUACAUUUGCUGAAUUUUCUUUUGUUCAACUUUUGUGUGUAGUAUCAGUUUACCUGGCAUUUAAAGGAAACAUAUACAACCUUCUACAAUUUAUUUCUAUGCUCAUGAUCCUUGUUCUCAUGGUAAGAGUUCUAAGUGAUCUGUAUGAAUUAAUGGAGAAGGUAGCAGACAAAGCUGAGGAAGUAGGUCUAGAGCAAUCAAACCUUCGAAGCAUGUUUAGGUACAAACAGAUGUCUGGAAAAAUGAGAAGGGCUGGUUUAUUCACAGGACUAGGAUACUUCACUAUUGAAUUCUCCACCAUCACAGCUUUGCUUGCCACAACCCUCACUUAUCUUAUUGUACUUUUACAGUCAAACUUUUAAUGUUUAUUUCUUUAUGAUUUCCAAUCUUAUAUAAGGCACUCAUACAUUGAUGUUUAUAUCUUUAAUAAAUACAAUUUCAUCAAAAAGGAUUGGGAGGAAGAUUUCUUAUUUUCUAUGUAGAAUUGAGCUAGUAAUGAAGUUUGGUAGUGGUCCUCCUAAAUAUUGAUUAGUUAAACUGUUUAUCUAAUAUCCCUUUGUACACAGAGUAAAGUCAACUUUUAUUAUAUAUAAAUAAUUAGGAAUGUUUUAAUUUAAAUUAUAAAUUCUUUUUUUUUUAAUAAAUUUAUUAUAUGAUAGUAAUCCGGAAACUGCCUUUGAGAUGUUUGAUUCAAAACUGAAAGAUUGCUUUAAUUCUGCUUUUCCUUUAAAAAAGUAAAAUUAUCCAAAACAAAUAGUCCUGUGGAACCAUGGAUGUUGGAUGCUUUAUUUUUUUCUAGAAAAAAUCAGUAAAAAUUACAUCAAAAAAACUUUUUCGGGCUGCAUUUUGACAGUCAGGCAGUUGACUUAGAGGUUUGAUUUUUUGCUUCAAUAAGUUUCAUGACUGUAAAGAAAAAUUAAAAAUUUGGAGACCAUGUCAUAUACUGUUAAAAAAAUAUCGUCACCAAACCCAGAAGAAGCAGAUUAAAUGACAUGUUUGAUUCAAAACUGAAUGAUUGCUUUAAUUCUGCUUUUCCUUUUAAAAAGUAAAAUUAUCCAAAACAAAUGUGGAACCAUGGAUGUUGGAUGCUUCAUUAUUUUAUAGAAAAUCGAAAAACAAACUCAAGUAAAAAAAAAUUAAAUAGCCUACUCCUAAAAGCCUGGCCAAAUUUAAGGAAUAUAAACGUCAUUAUAGAUCAGUUAUCAGAAGAGCAAGAUCGGUUUAUUUUGAAAGUAAGUUUGAUGAACAUUCUAACAAUAUGAAACAAACCUGGAAUACAAUAAAAGAGGUUCUCAAAUAAAACCUUAAGAGUUCAUUCCAAGUUUAUUCUUACACGAUGGAAAAGUCUUUAUGUUUUAAUUUGAUUAGAUAAAAUUAGUGAAGGUGUGGAAGACGAUGUCUGGCCGCGUUAAACAAGUUCCACAAGAUUCAACAGAACGAGAUAGAAUGGAUACGGGGCACAGUACUGAAAAACAUCUACACGUGUGAUCUCGAUAUAAACUAUUAUUCUGAACCCUCUAGUAAUAUGUUAUAAGAAAUAUAUACAC